AUGAACGGGCCAAACUACGAUGCGACAGGCGUCGAGUUCUACUCGAUCGAUGACCUCUCCUUCUCAAGUGGCACAACGCUGCACGACGUCCGGGUGGCGUAUCGGAGCUACAACCCAACCUCGACGGCCGGGGUGGUGCUGAUCCCGACGUGCUAUUCGGGCCUCAUCAACACGACCCUGACGUUCACGUCAGCCCCGUACGACGCGCUGGCGCGGUACCACGUGGUGGUGGUGGCGAUGCUGGGCAACGGCGAGAGCGCGAGCCCGUCCAACAAGGCCUUCUUCCCGGAGACGGGCGAGCUGCGGUACGAGGACGUGGUGCGGGCGCAGCACGCACUGGUGACGGCGCACUUGGGGGCGUCAGCGCUCGAGGCCGUCGUGGGCUUCUCCAUGGGCGGCCAGCAGGCGUACCACUGGGCGGUCAUGUACCCGGAAUUCGUGAAGCGGAUCGUGGUCAUCUGCUCGGCGGCGCGGACGUCGCUGCACAACUACGCGUUUCUCGAGGGCCCCAUCGCCGCGCUGACCAGCUCCAUCGACUACGUCGCCUGGAGGGCCAUGAAGGACAAGAUGGCCCGCGGCGAGGCCGUCGGCGUCAACCUCAAGGAGGUCGUGCCCAAGCGCGGCCUCAGGGCCUUUGCCCGCGCCUACGGCGCCUGGUUGACCAGCACGGCGUGGUUCCGCGAACGCCGCUUCACCCAGAUGGAGGGCCACCCGAGCAGCGUCGAGGAGUGGAUGCGCAUGCGCGAGGAGGGCUACCUGGGCUGGGACGCCGAGGACCUGCUCGUGCUGGCGCGCAUGUGGCAGAUUGGCGAUGUCGGGACCGUCAUUCCGUCCGAAGGAAGCAGCAACAAGCUCCUCAGCGAACUCGGCGGCAAGAUCCCCGACGACGACCUCUACCGCGCCGCCCUCGCCAGCAUCCAGGCCAAGGUCCUCCUCAUGCCCUGCCGCACCGACCAGUACUUCCCGCCCGAGGACUCGGAGAUUGAGAUGAAACACCUCAAGCACGGCCGUCUGGCCGUCAUCGAGAGUGUCUGGGGCCAUGUCGCCGGCGGCGGCUUGAAUCCUCCGGACACGGAGUUUAUGAAUGCGCGGAUUGCAGAGUUGAUGAAGGAAGAGUGA